GCCUUAGGAGGAAGCAGGAAGGGGGUUGGGAGCUGUGGGGGCCAGACUAACCUAAGCCCUCCCGCUGCACUGGCCGCCAUGGGGCUGGGGCUGCUGCUCCCACUGCUGCUGCUAUGGACUUGGGGGACCCAGGGGUCCAAGCUGGACCCCAAUGGGCAGCACGUCUGCAUAGCCAGCAGCUCCUCUGCUGAGCUCCAGUGCUGCCCAGGCUGGAGGCAGAAAGAUCAAGAAUGCACUAUCCCCAUCUGUGAGGGGCAGGAUGCCUGCCGGGAAGACGAGGUAUGCGUGAAACCAGGCCUCUGUCGGUGCAAACCUGGAUUCUUCGGGGCCCAGUGCAACUCCCGCUGCCCGGGCCAGUACUGGGGCCCCGACUGCCGUGAGAGCUGCGCCUGCCACCCGCACGGCCAGUGCGAGCCGGCCACGGGCGUGUGCCACUGCCAAGCCGACCGCUGGGGCGAACGCUGCGAGUUCGCGUGCACCUGCGGCCCCCACGGGCGAUGCGACCCCGCGACGGGCGCGUGCCGCUGCGAGCCCGGCUGGUGGUUGCCCACGUGUCGCCGCCCGUGCCAGUGCAACCCGGCGGCGGCACGCUGCGAUCAGGCCACCGGCUCCUGCCUGUGCGAGCCGGGCUGGUGGGGCCGCCGCUGCAGCUUCCGCUGCGCCUGCCACCGCUCGCCGUGCGCGCAGGAGACGGGCCGCUGCGCCUGCCUGCCGGGCUGGUGGGGUCCCGAGUGCCGGCAGCAGUGCGAGUGCGUGCGCGGCCGCUGCAGCGCCGCCUCCGGCCAGUGCGCCUGCCCGCCCGGCUUCCGCGGCGCGCGCUGCGAGCUGCGCUGCCCCGCCGGCAGCUACGGGGCGCAGUGCCGCCACAGCUGUGGCCACUGCAAGCGGAAUGAGCCAUGCUCUGCAGACACAGGCAGCUGUGAGUCCUGCGAACCAGGCUGGAAUGGGACCCAGUGCCACCAGCCCUGCUCACCUGGCACCUUUGGCGAGAGCUGCAGGCAGCAGUGCCCACACUGCCGGCUUGGGGAGGCCUGUCAGCCGGACACUGGGCACUGUGAGCACUGCGACCCUGGCUGGCUAGGACCCAGGUGUGAAGACCCCUGCCCAAAUGGCACCUUUGGGGAGGGCUGUGGCUUUACCUGCCCUCCCUGUGUUCAGGGGGCGUGUGAUGCUGUGACUGGGGAAUGCGUCUGCAACGCUGGCUACUGGGGGCCCAGCUGCAACACUUCGUGCCCACCUGGCUUCCAUGGAAACAACUGCUCUAUUCCCUGCGAAUGCCCAGAGGGACCCUGCCACCCUGUCUCUGGGGCCUGCCAGCUGGGGUCUCACAGUCAGGAUGCUGCCGUCAUCGCGGGCAUCCUUGUGCCUCUGCUGCUGCUCCUCCUGGGCCUCGCCUGCUGUGCCUGCUGCUGCUGGGCCGCUCGACUGGACCCCAAGGACAGGCCAGUGAGAGAUGGAGCUGCUGUGUCCAGGAUGAAGCUGCAGGUCUGGGGGGCACUGACCAGCCUGGGCUCCGCACUGCCCUGUGGUUCCCUCAGCAGCCACAAGCUUCCCUGGGUGACAGUCUCACACCACGACCCGGAGACCCCCUUCAACCACAGCUUCAUCGAGCCACCCUCUGCCGGCUGGGCCUCGGACGACUCCUUCUCUUCGGAUCCCGAGUCUGGAGAGGAGGAUGAGGGUCCUGCCUACUGCGUGCCACCCCAAGAAGGGAUGGUCCCUGUGGCCCAAGCAGAGUCAUCAGAGGUCAGCCUGGCUGGAGGUCCCUUCCCUCCCCCUGAGGAUGCCUCCACACCAUUCGCCAUCCCUCGUACUUCCAGCCUAGCACGGGCCAAGCGGCCAUCAGUCUCCUUUGCUGAAGGUACCAAGUUUGCACCGCAGAGUCGCCGAAGCUCAGGGGAGCUCUCCAGCCCACUCCGAAAGCCCAAGAGGCUCUCCCGGGGGGCCCAGCAGGGUCCUGAAGGCCAGGAGGCAGAGGAGUCCACAGGCCCAGAGCAAGCAGAAAUGGACAAGGUCCCUCCUGCUGCUGCUAGCCCCAGGGAUUCAACCACUGGCCACCGCCGGCUCCCACUUGGUGGCCGGACAGUGGCUGAGCGUGUGGAAGCCAUCGAGGGCAGUGUCCAGGAGAGCUCAGACUCCGUGACCACUAUCUACAUGCUGGCAGGGACACCCCGGGGAUCUGAGGGCUCUGUCCGGUCUGCCCUCCGCCGUUUUGGUAGCUUCCAGAAAGGCCAGGCAGAGCCCAAGGUCAAGAGUGCCAUCCCUAAGCCUCCACGCCGGGCCCUGAGUCGGAACAAGGGCAGCCCCGGGCUGGCCUCUAGCUCUGCCAAUCAGAGCCCCGGCUCAGCCCCAAAUGGGGAGCUCACAGGGACCUUGGAGUCUGUAGGAGCUGGGCCAGAGGAAGUGGCCAGGGGGCUGGGGGAUGGCAUCAAGAACUCAGGGAGGGCCCAGGAGCCGGCCCCCGAGGGUAUUCCCUCAGAACAGGAUCCCCAGAAGCUGGCUGAAGAGGAAGGGCAGGAGGAGCCUCAGUAUGAGAAUGUUGUACCCAUCUCUGGGCCACCAGAGCCCUGAGGACCUUGAAUUUGGGGAGUGGGAAGACUAUGGAUGGGGGUGGGCAUUGAAUUGCUCCUGGAUUAGAUUGUGUUUUGUGUUGGAAAAAGAUCCCAGGGCCAGGAAAGACAUAGCAGAGCCUCUGCCCUUCCAUGGGGAAAUGUGAGUGAGAGGCCAGUUGGCUCCUGGCCCUGGCAGUGCUCUGGGAGUGGUCUGGAAGGCCUGGGCAGAGACCCCACAGGAUGGGGUCAGGAAGGGGGAAGAGAUGGCUGCAGGGACUUUUUCUCUUUGUCCUGGACUCUGUUUGCCCCCGAAGGCUGUUCUUUCCUUCAUCUG